AUGAAAAGAAAAGGUGGUAGAGCUUGUUCAUCGAAGCAGCAACAACAACAACAAGAAAGUAAUAAUAGUCGUGAGAGAUUCAGAUCCAGAUCUCAAUUCAGUGAAUUAUGCUCUGACCUCACGUCUACUAUUCCACAACCACUUCACUCCUCAAAGCCCGAUCAGAAUGUAGCAUCUCAGGCUGAUCAAAUUGAACAUGCAAGAAAUUACAUAGUGGAACUAAAGGAGAGAAUAGACAACUUGGAAAAGAGAAAAGAAGAACUAGAAAUGAUAGUUAACCAAGAAGACACAGAUUCCAUAUUACCAGUCAUCGAAGUAAAAGAGUCAGGUAAUAAUUUGGAGGUGCAACUCGUGAUUAAACAAGACCAAGAUAUCAUGUUACAUCAAGUUAUUAAAAUUCUCGAGGAAGAAGGAGCUGAAGUUGUUAAUGCCUCGUUCUGUACUUCUGGCUACAAACUCAUCCACACUCUCCACGCUAAGGUUCGAAGUGCAAGAGUGGGGAUAGAAGUUUCAAGAGUCCGAGAAAGACUACAUGAUUUGAUAUGA